AUGGCUUUUACUCGCUAUCCUCAAGGAAGAGGCAAAAGACAUUCAGAUGAAGAUGGUGAGGAUGGUGAAAGAGCAAAGCAACCAGAAGAAAUGACCAAAUAUUAUGAACAUGUAGAUAGUGAUAAUAAUAGUACUGGAAAAAAUAAAUUAUGUACAUUGUAUAUACAUGAUUCAUUUUAUAAAAAAGGUCCAGAGC